AUGGUUGCUGAAAACUCCUCGACAUCCCACUACCGGUUUCGCCCUUCUUGGGGCUCUUCAGAUAGGCGCAGUCCCCGAGUUUCCGUCAAUCUUAUGUUCUAUUCGAAACCUAAUUGCACGAAAUUAGCAACUGAAUGUGCUGCACCAGACCGCCUAAGGUACAAAGUUCUCCUAAAGGAUCCCGGACCUAAUCACAUCCACCUGCUGGGUCUAAAUCGGGAUCAACGUGCUGAUCGUCUCCCUUUUCAGGACCGUUCAUGUCGGCUCGUUUCGGUUACUGAGAUCAAUAUCUUAACGAUUUGGACCAAACCUAUCCCUGCACACGCACCGUGCUUCAUUGGGCGUUUCCUUGAAUUGUGGAUUAUUGAGCUCCGGUUGGAGCACCAGAUGGCUGAGGAAUCCUUCGAUAGUGGUGUAUCAAGUGAACACUCUCAGUAUACAAUCGAACACAAAUCCUGUCCUGAUACCGUACAGAAGCAUAACGAUUUAUGUGCGGACAUUUGGAGCCCGACAUCCUGCGGUCACAACGGCGAAGGAUAUUAUGGGCCUAAGCCAGCCCCGUACUGCUCACACAUUCAUUCAGACUCAAGUCUUGACCACGUUAAAAGAUCCUGUCUCAAACGAAACUAUCGACAACGGAGUAAACCCCUACUACGUUCUGAUCAAUUGGCUUCGGACACGGAGCCAGUCGGGUCCGUGCACUCGAACCCAGUCCAAUUUAUUCGACGUAAGGCGAAAGCGCCUGGUGCCCAGAUUCAAGUAUUUUCGGACUUGGCUUCUAUCAAGACUAUGUCCUCAAACCCCAGGGAUUAUCCCAAUGGCUCAAUUGGCCCGCAACGUUCAUCUGUAUAUCCAGAGAUUGCGGGAUCUCGUGGAAUGGAAAGUCGUGUUGUACACUUUGCCCGUGAACAAAGAGAUGUAGGUGAAAAGGCUGUAUGUGAGCGGUCUUUGCUACCGGAUAUCACGUUGGAUGAACGGAUUCGCUUGACCGAUUCAAGAAGCCGAACAUCUCUCCCAGAAUAUUCCCGCCCCCCACUAAUUCGAAAUUACUCGGCCCGAGAUUAUGUCUAUCUCCCAUCCCUGCAACAAAAUCAAAUGGCUUCAUCCGUCCCCGUUCUCAGUCGGCAACAAACGUUACGUUCGCUGUUGGCAAACCAGUUAGAUGAACAUUCUGAAGUUCUUCCCAGUGAACCGAGUAUAGAAAACCGCCCUCGGGAUUCCACAUACUCUGCACACGUCCAAGUACAACCAACGUCUGAGGUUGCAUCCGGACGUACUGUGCUGGAUCGUAUAACGAGUGAUAUGUCCUCUGUCACUCUUGGAACUGAUCAGGAAAGACAGCAGCUACUCUCUGCCUUACUUUCGGCAUCCAAACCGACUACCUCAUCAAGCUCCCAAACAUCGGUUUUACAAAGCCUACUUCAGCGAGUCAAUCCCCAGUCUGGGGUAGGCACAUCACGGCCGCCGGCAGGUCAGACAUCUUCAUCUAUGCCUGGCCAAGCGUUUGCCCAAGGUCAAAUGAAAAUCCAGGCUAGUGGAUCAGCCGAGGAUUACGCAAACUAUCAGAGUUUAGAUGCAAUACUGGGGCAAAUGCACGCACAGCCUCCUCCACCUGCCCCGUGUCAGCCUAUGGAUUUCCGCCCUCUUACAGCUCGCAUCAUGAUCAUUGUCAUCAGAGAAUCCACAUCAAUGUUGACGUUAAAGUAUGACGCUAAAGUACAACCUCAACGCUUGGUUACAUACAUUUAA